UGGAGAAAUCCGCCAACAGUUCAGGCGUGCCUUUACAGCUUGUGCCCGCAGACCCAGCCAUUCACUUGGGGGCCGCCUUGGCGGCCUCUUCCGAGCAACCACCGCAGCAUUUGGAGCCCCUCCAUUCUGGGACUCCAGUUUCGGACAGCUCCCAGGCAGUUUCAGUCUUCCAGCAUUCUUCUGGCCCUAACAUGGAGGAGGAUCCGCCACUGCCCAUACCGUCAUCUGUCUCGAUGUCCAUAAGUAGUGGGCCCGACUCUCUCCCGAGUGUCGAUGUGUCUUGGGAAGGCACACACCCAGGAGGUAGCCAGCAUUCUUCUGGCCCUGACAUGGAGGAGGAUCCACCACUGUCCAUACCGUCAUCUGUCUCGAUGCCCAUAAGUAGCGGGCCCGACUCUCUCCCGAGUGCCGAUGUGUCUUAGGAAGGCACACACCCAGGAGGUAGCUUGGAGGAGCAACAACAGCUGUCCAUAUCAUCGUCUGACUCGAUGUCCAUAAGUAGCGGGUCUGAACCUCUCGCAGAUUCCGAUGUCUCUGGGCAGGUCACACACCUAGGGAGUUUUGCGUCCACUAAUGCUACGCUGGAAGACGACACAAGUUCAGUUCACAAGAGCAGGAGAAAAAGAGAUCCAAGUCCUGGAAAUGAUGCCGGGGAUUUGAUCAUUGCUCCUGGCCGCAGCUACGAGUCUCUCUCGGGGGAUCUCGGCAACGGGCAUCUUCAUUCCACAACUGAAAAGCCCAGCCAUCUCUUCCCGUCCAAAUGUUCAUCACCUCCGUAUAGACCAUCAGAAGUCCUCACUUCGCUAGCAAACCACCUUGCUACACCGGAUGAGAGCUCCGGCUCUGAGACCCAACAGCCUGACCAACCGGUUGUGUCGAAGGAGGCCCUGGAAAGCCUUGUCGAGACCCAAACGAUUUUGGAGAAGGGCCAGAUGACUGCAGGGAGUGAGUUGCAGAGCAUUACCAGAAGUGACGAGGCUGGUCAGACCUCGAUACUUCUACCGGAGAUCACAGCUCAGCCUCAAUGCGAAGAUCAUAAGUCUGCGACUAGAUGUCCUUCAUCGGAAGGUGUUACUGGUGAUGCCGUCGAUACCUUCUGGAGUUCUUGUAACCCGAGCGAGGACGGGACCAAGACCAUCAAUAGCGCCGAUGUUUGGUUUUCCGCUCAAGAUCGGACUUAUCAGCCUAUGGACGUGGACAUGGGGUCCAAAGACCUUCCCGAGGAACCAUCCAUCCCUGAGAACAUUACGCCGGAUCAGCCAUCAGAGUUGGCCACCCAGUCGGAUGAGGAUUUAAUGGAUACCGAGUGGGAUGACUGGAUCGAUAACGAGAUCAUCAUCCCUUCAGCGCCCAGUCAGCAAGAUACAGUCAUGGGAGAAGGCCCUACUGCGAGUCCUCCUACCAUUUCUUCCUCCGUCAACCAAGUUGGUGACGGGCUUGAUCUCUUCCAAGACGCGUUCGACACUGCCCUUGAUGAGAUCAACACAGAAAACCAGGCCAAGCGACCUCAGUCCCCAAUUCCUAAUAACAUAGUCUUCCCUUCAAGUGGAGCGGAAACAGAGCGUAGAGGCAUCAACGACUUCGCCAACCCGUACCCAAAAGACCCAUGGGAGUUCUACUGGAAGAAAAGAGCAGAGACAAAGGACCAGUUCAUUGCCAGAUUUACUAACAAUGUUCGUCAGAUGAUGUACGUCUCUGGAGAAACAGGCGAGCCAUCCGUUGAAACCACGAGCAUCAUCGAAGACAUUGUGCGCCAGCAGGUCAUCCAUAUGCUCAAAAACUGCACCGAACUCGCCGCCCGCCGCGGCUCCCGCUCCAUAACCAUCAACGACCUAAUCUUCCAAAUCCGCGACGACGCGCCCAAAGUCUCUCGGCUGCGCACCUUCUUAUCCUGGAAAGACGUGCGCAAGAACGUCAAAGACAGCGAAGACAAAGGCGGCGACGCCGACAUCGGCGCCGCAGGCGAAGACCCUUCCGCCGCGGCUGGUAUCGUCCCCGGCGCAGGCGGUCCCGUCGACGACGCAGCCAAGAAAAACAAAAAAGCCAAAGUCGGCCUCCCCUGGGAACCCUCCUCCUUUUAUUCUGUUGAAGUCCCCGAGCGCGAAGACGAAGAAGACGAGGAGGAAGAGGAAAUGAAUUACAUCACCCUCCAACGCCUGCGCAAAGCCGACGAGCGCACCAAGGCCAUGACGCGCGAGGAGUACGUGACCUGGUCCGAGUUCCGGCAGGCUUCUUUUACCUACCGCAAGGGCAAGCGGUUCAGGGAGUGGGCCGGCUUCGGACAGGUGACGGAUAGUAAACCCUCUGACGAUAUCGUCGACAUUUUGGGGUUCCUGACGUUUGAAAUGGUGCAGAGCAUCACGGAGGAGGCGCUCAAGAUCAAGGACCAUGAAGACCUGCUCAAGGAGCGCACGGGCGAGGCGGGUCCUACGAAGAAGCGUAAGCUGCCCAAGGGAUUGUUUGAUCCCCCUGGUGAGGGAAGGACGCCGGUGGAGCCGAGACAUAUCCAUGAGGCGUUUAGGAGGUUGCAGGAUCCGAGCAAGAAGAGGAGGGCGAUGCUCAAUGGGACUAGGUUGCAGCCGAGGACGGAUUUGUUGAUUAUUUGAGUUGAGGGUUUCUGGGCUCUUUUCUUGCUUUCAGAACCAGGUCACUUAGCCACGAGCUCUUGAGGUUGAGAGGAGGAAGCGCAACUGGAUUCAAUAGGCUCAGGAGUGCUAGGGAUGUUGGGCUUAUUUUGCUUUCUGUUUUGAGUAAGAACGAUAUUCAUGUUGGAGUAAAGGCACUACGGCGCAAAGAGGUUUAAUUCUUGAAGUGAGCAGUCUAAUAAGGUAGAAGAGAGGGUCAAUCAUUCAGUGCCGGAUAUUUACUUGCUCUUUACUUGGGGAAAGAGAACGAGCGGCAUGAUCGAUUGGCACCUUGCAUGCCGUCUCUUGAUGGCCCAUCUGUUGCUUUUAUAGCUGAUGAUGUAGGAGUAAUAAUAGAUACUAACUGCGACGGUG